AUGUGUCAAGGUAAUAUUGAUGAUGAACAACAUUGGUCAAAUAUGUUUCAACAAGAAUUAAUUCGACAUCUUACCGUUGAAGAACUUGUUCUUUAUCGAUUAUUUGAAAAAUAUCUUGAUUUACAAGGAAACAAUAUAAUUGAUCAAUGUAAAUAUAAACAUCAAUAUAUGAAAAAACAAUUGUUUCUACUUGAAACAACUCCUAUAACUGAUACAAAAUAUUGUUUAACAUUUUAUCGACUUAUAAAAAAAUUUGUUUAA